AUGGACUGGCACUCCUUCAGACUAGCUGCCCUGCUGCUCACUUUCCUGGUGGUGCUUGAAGUUAACAGUGAAUUUCAAGUCCAGCUAAGAGACUAUAAUACCAAAAAUGGUACCAUUAAGUGGCACUCCAACAGAAGACAGAAACGUGAAUGGAUCAAGUUUGCUGCAGCUUGUCGGGAAGGUGAAGACAACUCAAAGAGAAACCCAAUUGCCAAAAUUCAUUCUGAUUGUGCCGCAACCCAGCAAGUGACAUACCGCAUCUCUGGAGUAGGAAUUGACCAGCCACCUUAUGGAAUCUUUAUUAUUAAUCAGAAAACUGGCGAAAUCAAUAUAACAUCCAUCGUUGAUCGGGAAGUCACCCCCUUUUUCAUUAUCUACUGCCGAGCAUUGAAUGCACAAGGUCAAGAUUUGGAGAACCCACUGGAGCUAAAAGUUAAAAUUUUGGAUAUAAAUGACAACCCUCCCGUGUUUUCCAUGACUACAUUCAUAGGACAAAUAGAAGAAAAUUCUAAUGCAAACACGCUGGUCAUGGUACUCAAUGCUACCGAUGCAGAUGAGCCGAAUAACUUGAAUUCGAUGAUCGCUUUUAAGAUCGUAACACAGGAACCUUCAGAUUCACCAAUGUUCAUCAUCAACAGAAAGAAUGGAGAAAUCCGAACAAUGAAUAAUUUUCUAGACCGAGAGCAAUAUAGCCAGUAUUCCCUUGUCGUGAGAGGCUCAGACCGUGAUGGUGGAGCAGACGGCAUGUCUGCAGAAUGUGAGUGCAACAUCAGAAUCCUGGACGUCAAUGACAACAUCCCAUACUUGGAGCAGUCAUCUUAUGACAUCAGCAUUAAAGAAAAUGAACUGCACUCAGAGCUUAUGCAGAUCAGAGUCAUUGAUCUGGAUGAGGAGUUCUCAGAUAACUGGAAGGCAGUCAUUUUUUUCAUCUCUGGAAAUGAAGGAAAUUGGUUUGAAAUAGAAAUGAAUGAAAGAACAAAUAUGGGAAUUCUAAAGGUUGUCAAGCCUCUAGAUUAUGAAGCCAUGAAGAAUCUACAACUUAGUAUUGGUGUUCGAAAUGUAGCUGAAUUCCAUCAGUCAAUUAUUUCUCAAUAUAGACUCACAGCAACUAUGAUCACUGUAACUGUGUUAAAUGUAAUUGAGGGCUCAGUGUUCCGGCCAGGUUCAAAGACAUUCGUAGUUAACAGUCAAAUGGGAGCAAAUUACAAAGUAGGAGACUUUGUAGCCACCGACCUGGACACGGGUCUACAGUCAACAAAUGUUAGAUAUGUAAUGGGAAAUAACCCGGCUGACCUGCUGGCUGUUGAUUCAAGAACAGGCAUAAUAACUUUAAGAAACAGAGUUACUAUGGAACAAUACCAAAUGCUUAAUAAGAGAUAUGAAGGAACAAUACUAUCAAUAGAUGACAGUCUCCAGAGGACCUGCACCGGAACAGUCAUCAUUGAUCUUAGUGGCUCUGGCUGGGUGACAAGCACAGAGCAAAACACAGAAGGUGGCGGCAGUACAGGAGGUGGCGGCAGUACAGGAGGUGGAGGCAGUACAGGAGGUGGAGGCAGUACAGGAGGUGGCACAAGUGGAAAUACUUCCACCGAGCAAACCACAGGAUCAUGGGACGGCAGUGGCGGAAACGGCGGCAGUGGCGGAAACGGCGGCAGUGGCGGCGAAACCUACGAUAAGGAAGACUGGGACACUAACCGGGAAAGAGCCCCUGGAGACAACGUUCACUUUGGUCCUGCUGGGAUCGGGCUGCUCAUCAUGGGGUUCUUAGUCCUAGGAUUGGUCCCAUUCUUGUUGCUCUGCUGUGAUUGUGGAGGUGCCCCUGGUGGUGGAGCUGGCUUUGAGCCUGUUCCAGAAUGUUCUGAUGGAGCAAUUCACACAUGGGCAGUAGAGGGCCCACAGCCUGAACCCCACGAUGGUAUAACUACUAUCUGUGUGCCACAAAUGCCACCUGGUAAUGCCAAUAUUAUAGAAUGUAUUGACAACUCAGGAGUUUAUACAAAUGAGUACUGUGGCAGAGAAAUGCAAGAUCUGGGUGGAGGAGAAAGAACUACAGCAUUUGAACUGAUGGAUGGAGUUAAAACACCAGCCGCACCUGAGAUCUGCCAAGAAUAUUCAGGAACGUUAAGAAGAAAUUCAAUGAGAGAAUGUAGAGACGGAGGUCUCAAUAUGAAUUUCAUGGAAAGUUAUUUCUGUCAGAAAGCUUAUGCUUAUGCAGAUGAAGAUGAAGGACGCCCAUCCAACGACUGUUUGCUCAUCUAUGACAUUGAAGGUGUAGGUUCCCCUGCAGGCUCCGUGGGCUGUUGCAGCUUCAUUGGAGAAGAUUUAGAUGAGAGCUUCCUGGAUACCUUGGGGCCCAAGUUUAAGAAGUUGGCCGACAUCAGCCUGGGAAAAGAAAUAGACUCGUAUCAAGGUCCUGAUCCUUCUUGGCCUCCUCAGAGCACUGAACCAGUGUGCCCCCAGCAAACAGAGCCCCUUACUAGUGGACACCCCCCCAUCUCCCCACAUUUUGGCACUACCACAGUAAUUUCUGAGAACACCUACCCCUCUGGCCCUGGUGUACAGCAUCCUAUGCAGAUUCCUGACCCUCUAGGCUAUGGUAAUGUCACUGUGAUGGAGUCAUAUGCCACCUCUGGCACUCUGAAGCCCUCUGUCCACUUUCAUGAUAACCGACAGGCUUCAAAUGUGUUGGUGACAGAGAGGGUGGUGGGCCCCAUCUCUGGUGCUGAUUUGCAUGGGAUGUUAGAGAUACCUGACUUAAGAGAUGGAUCAAAUGUCAUAGUGACAGAAAGGGUAAUAGCCCCAGGCUCAAGUCUACCCACCACUCUGACCAUUUCCAACCCUAGAGAGUCUUCAAAUGUGGUUGUGACAGAAAGAGUGAUCCAACCAACUUCCACCAUGAUGGGCAACCUGAGCAUGUCCCCUGAGUUAUCAAAUGCCCACAAUGUGAUUGUGACAGAGAGGGUGGUUUCUGGUGGUGGUGUAAGUGGAAUUAGUGGCACCACUGGGAUAGGUGGUGGCAUUGGAGGUAUAGGCAGCAGCAGUCUGGUGAGCACAACCAUGGGUGCUGGUGGUGGGGGCAUGAGCAGCAUGGGUGGGACAGCCACUAUCGGCCACAUGAGGAGUUCUUCUGACCAUCACUUUAGCCAGACAGUUGGAUCUGCCUCCCCAAGCAUGGCUCGAAGUCGAAUAACAAAGUAUAGUACAGUACAGUAUACCAAGUAG